AUGCCCAGGGGACAGAAGAGUAAGGCCCGGGCUCGUGAGAAACGCCAACAGAUCAAAACUAAAUCCCAGGAGCACACAGGUGCUCAGACCAUGACAACGGAUCAAAGAGAGGUGUCUUUCUCCUCUGCCCAUGCUUCUGUAGAUGCUAUUCCAACCAGUGCUGCUGAAAGCUUUCUCCAGAAGCUUCAGGCACUGCAAAGCACCACCACUUUCAACAUCUGUAUUGCCUGCAGAAGAUCUACUAGAAGUGAUAGGUUCCAAAAGAAGAAAAGUGUGAGUUCUUCCAGGGCCCAACACUCUACUAGAAGCCCCCAGAAAGAUCUCACAAGGAAGACAGGAAUGCUGUUAGAGUACAUGCUCUCCAAGUACAAAAUGAAGGAGCCCCUACUGAGAGAAGAAAUGCAGAAAGUUGUCAAUGAAUGUCUCAAGGAGCAAUUCACUGAAAUCCUCAAGAAAGCUUCUAACCGCGUGGAUCUGGUUUUCGGCCUUGAGUUGAAAGAAGCCCAGCCCGAUGGUCAGUCCUACGUGCUUGUCAGCAAGCUAGAUUUCCAUGAUGAUGGAAGUAGUAGCACUGAGAUGGGUCUUCCCAACAGAGGCAUUCUGAUCCCUCUCCUGAGUGUUAUCUACUUACAUGGCUACUGUGCCUCAGAGGAGCAGAUCUGGCAUUUCCUGAAUACAUUAGGAAUCUAUGAUGGAGUCUCUCACAUCAUCUUUGGGGAUACUAGGAAGCUCAUCACUCAAGAUCUAGUGCAGGAAAAAUACCUGGAGUACCGUCAGGUCCCCAACAGUGAUCCUCCACAUUUUGAGUUCCUAUGGGGUCCUCAAGCACAUGCCAACAAGAAAAAGGUGAUGGAGUUCUUGGCCAACAUCAAUGAAACAGGAACCCCUGCUUAUCCAGUCCAUUAUGAAGAAGUUUUGAGUGAAGAGAACAAGAGUGCCCAAGCUGAAGAUGCAGACUAG